AUGCAUCUACUACAAUUUGUGGUCGUUCAACUCUUCAUUUUUGUCUGUACCGGCGCACUUUUGUCAUCAGCAACUGGCUACUAUGGUAUAGCACCGUUCCAAGGGGUUCCACAUUAUGGAAGCAUUUUUUCUUACAAUCCCCAAUCAUCUGCAUUUCAAUUCUACGGAAAUUUUUCAUUUGAAAUCGACGACAACACAACGGAUUUAUACUAUUUCGAAGCUGGACCCGUAGCCGUCACCAAUUACAGUUCCGCAACAAUCUACAUGCCUUUACAAUGUGGCACUUCAUUUCAACGUUUAUUGUUACUUGCAUUCGAUAUGCAAAAGAAAAUAUACAGGCAGAGUCGAUGGAUCUUGAACGAUGGAGUAUUUCAUUUCCUUCAUUAUGACCCACGUCGUCAACGUAUGUUCGGAUUGCGUGACAUCAGUACAUUUACACUCAUCAUUGAAGAGUAUAACAUGACAACGUUGGAUGUGGUCGGAGUGUAUACCAAACAAGACGGUGAGAAAUAUGCAUUUCCAUAUGCAUGGUGCUCAGCGUUUGAUUAUGAUGAAAAUUGGCUUGUGCAAGUUCGAACGCGAUACGAAGGUGGCGGUGUGAACGCCUAUUUUAUUAAAAUGGAUUUGAACCUUGUUGGUAAGAAAAAAGAUAUCGUUACUGAAUUUUAUUUACUGCCCAAUGUUGGCAAUCUCUGUACAAUGACCUAUGAUAUGAAGACGAAACUCGUGCUUGCCACAUGGCAACAUGGAUCAAUCGAUCAAGAUCUUGUCAUGCUCUACAUGAAUCCAUACACAAGCAAGUUCCAAAAUGAGACACUCCUCUUGAAAACGGGUAGUGGGUCGGUGGUAGAAUCGGUCAAGGCUGUUUUUAAUGAAGAAGUUCGUCAAGUACUAUUUAUGAUCCACCAAGAAAAUGAAAACCAAAAUGAAGCAGGAAACUGGAUGGUUCUCGUACAAUUUGAUACAAUGAAAGUGAUCGAAAAGAAAAAAGUCUCUACAAUACCCGAGUUCGACAUGUGGGAAUUUUUUAUUGUGUAG